UUCGUUAAUCUGCGAAAUAUUACGGCCAUAAUGUGAGGUUAUCUGCGGCUGUCGUGCAACCCAUCGCCGGUGGUUCGUCCUGUUUAGAAGCGGCGGCUCGCUGUUGAGGAUUACUAGUGUUAAUGCGCAGCAGACUUCUCCUGCGUGUCUAGCUGUCAAAGUGGAAAUGCAUUGGAAACCGUGGGAAGAGUGCGCUUGUUGAUUGACUUUGCUUGGCUGCUUUUUUUCUGUUUUGGUUUUUUUAUUGUUACUAUUUUUUUAUUUAUUUGAUUUCUAAUUUGUCUUGUGGAUUACCGCUGCCCAGCAACACAGCCACCUGACAACUCUGAAUGUCGUAAUUAAGGUGAAUCGAUGAGCCAGCAAUGGAGACCAAAAGAUACCAAAGUUUCUUUGAUGGAGAUGACACAGAGAACAAAUGGUCUCAGGACUCCAGCUCUAUGGAGUACUGCUGCGGUACAGAGGAUUCAAAUCUGACAAGCAGCGAGAUCCUGAUGGACAUAGUCCCCGUCAAUUGCCCUGCCGGAAGCCCGGGCACCGCCAGCAAAGACACAAGUUCUAAGAAAAAGGAACAGCCAACGCUUCAGCACAGCCAGAACCAGCCAUUUGUUCCCCCCCACUUCAACAACUCUUUGCAUGGCCAUAAGCAGGAAGCGGACUCCAAGGAGCUUUCUAAGACUGUGGCUGAGUCUAUGGGCCUGUAUAUGAAUGCUGCCAGGGAGCCAGACUUUGCUUUUAGCCAGCAGGGAACAAGCCCUGGAAAGCUGUACCCAGGAUGUGGACGGCCCCUAGAGGAGAACCAGUGUGGCUCCACAAAGAGCCCCAAGUUGAACCCAUUUGGUUUCCAGCAGCCGAGUGGGACUCCCAGAGACUGCCCCGCUGGUGUUCCAGUUAGCUCAGCAUCCAUGCUGGCCUCCUCUCUGUCUUGCAGUCCCAAGACAUCCAGCUCUAUUUCCAGUCCUGGAGGCAGUAACAAUUUGGUGUCAUCUACCACCAGUCCUCCCAUGUGCUUUGGACCUCUGUGCUCGUCCGUCAGCAGUCCUGUGAGCCAGACUUCCUGUGCUGCUACUCUAGCCAACAUCAAGCGCAGGAAUUCAGUCACAUGUAGCCCUGUAGAGUCAAGCACAGUUGGCUCACCACCACUCACCAGCCCACUCAAUGUCAUGAGGUCCCCCAUGUCCAGUCCACAUAGUAUGAGUAGUGUAAGAUCCCCUCCGUCCUGCAGCACUACAUGUAACAUUAGGUCGUCUGUUUCAAGCCCCACAGGUGGCAGCUGCACCAGCGCUGCCAACAACUGCAACACAGUAAGACCCUCCAUCUCCAGUCCAGCCGCGGGGGGCACUAUGUCUGUCAGCAGCCCACAUAAUCCCUCCUCAGCUGGUUUCCCUGUGUCUAGUCCUACUGGUGGACUGGGAUUGGUGCAGAAUGACACGAACAGCCCAGAAGCGGCAGGGCUGACCAGAGACACAGAUUUCAAGAAUUUUGAGUUCCCCAAGGUAGAGAUGGUCGACGGGGAGGUGUUCAGUGUUGGCUUAGACCAGAUGGGCAUGGUAAAGUAUAUUAAGAAUGAGCCUGGAAGUGACUACAGGAGCAUGUGUUUAGGCAGCUCCAAAUGUAAUGCGAGUAGCACACCUUUUAUCACCCAUAUUAAGACUGAGGCAGACAAAAGUGAGGGGUGUAUGAAUCAACAGCCCUAUGGUGAGCAGUCGCCUUCUCUUGGUCUUUUUCCUGCAUCUGACACUACAUAUCUGUCCCUGCGGAACAACAUUGAUGAAUACAGUCUUUCUGGGAUCUUGGGACCCCCUGUUUCCUCUGUGAAUGGGAACUACGAGCCUGGCGUGUUCUCCAACAAUGUCCUGUCCAAAGGGGUUAAACAGGAGCCCACUGACAGCAGCUAUUAUCAAGAGAGUAACAGCAUGUCCACAUCUGCCAUUGUUGGAGUAAAUGCCAGCGGACACUCAUUCCAUUACCAGAUUGGAGCACAAGGAACAAUGUCAUUCACGCGGCAUGAUGUGAGAGACCAGUCCAACCCGUUGUUGAAUCUAAUUUCACCUGUAACGGCGUUAAUGGAGUCGUGGAAAUCUCGGCCAGGCAUGUCGCAGGGGUCACUGUCAGCGAGAGGUGAAGGAUACCCCGGUCAGAACUGCAUCGCUGACAGCAUGUCAAGCUCGCCGCUGAGACAACCUUCCUCUACGGCCAAGGUAUGUCUGGUUUGUGGAGACGAGGCAUCAGGGUGUCACUACGGGGUUGUGACGUGUGGAAGCUGCAAAGUCUUCUUCAAGAGAGCCGUUGAAGGUCAGCACAACUACCUGUGUGCUGGGAGAAAUGACUGUAUCAUUGAUAAAAUUCGAAGAAAAAACUGUCCAGCAUGCCGUGUACGGAAGUGUCUCCAGGCUGGGAUGAAUCUUGGAGCACGAAAGUCCAAGAAGUUGAAGCUGAAGGGAGUCAGCGAGGACCUGCAGAGCUCUAAAGAUAGCCAGAUUGCCACAGGUGGCGUUGGAGGAGGUUACCUAUCCUCGGAGAAGGAGCUGAAUGCCAACGCUGCCAGUGCCCUGGUGCCCCACGGGCCCGGGGUGGUCACACCUUUUCUGUCACCCUCCAUCUGCAGCGUGUUGGAGCUGAUUGAGCCUGAGGAGGUGUACUCUAGCUAUGACAACACACAGCCUGACACGACUGACCACUUGCUGUCCAGUCUUAACCGCCUGGCUGGAAAGCAGAUGGUACGCAUGGUGAAGUGGGCCAAAGUACUUCCAGGUUUCCGGGGACUGCCCAUUGAGGACCAAAUCACCCUGAUCCAGUACUCAUGGAUGUGUCUGUCCUCCUUUUGCCUCAGCUGGCGCUCCUACAAACACACAAACGGACAGAUGCUCUACUUUGCCCCCGAUCUCGUCUUUAAUGAGGACCGUAUGCGACAGUCGGCCAUGUAUGACCUGUGUCUGGGCAUGAGACAAGUCAGCCAGGAGUUUGUUCGUCUGCAGCUAACCUACGACGAGUUCCUCUCAAUGAAGGUUCUCCUGCUUCUCAGCACAGUUCCCAAAGAGGGUUUGAAGAACCAAGCAGCAUUUGACGAGAUGAGGGUUAAUUACAUCAAGGAGCUCCGACGUUCAGUGGGAAAAGCAACCAACAACUCCGGUCAAACCUGGCAACGCUUCUUCCAGCUCACCAAGCUGCUGGAUGCCAUGCAUGAUCUGGUGGGGAACUUGUUGGACUUCUGUUUCUACACCUUUCGCGAAUCGCAGGCCCUAAAGGUGGAGUUCCCUGAGAUGUUGGUGGAGAUCAUCAGUGACCAGAUACCAAAGGUGGAGUCAGGCCUCACUCACACAAUAUACUUCCACAAGAAGUGACUCCCGAAACAGCUGGGACAGAAGAGGCAUUAAGAACUGUAACAGAAGAGAACGAAGUUCAGGGACGAGAAAACGUGCAAGAAAGGCCUCGACCGCCGGCCCGCACCCUGUCGCCUAGUGAGCCGGCCUGCUCCUGUUGAAUAGCAAAGUUAAGUGACGAGGUGACAGGAGAAAAGAAAAAAAAAACUCAAAAGAGAGGAAGGAGGAUUUCGCCCUGCAAUGAGUGGAGGGUUUCAGAGCUGUGAAUAGUUUGAGAAGUCAAGCAUGACACGAUGAGAAGGACUAAUGUGAUAAAACAUCCCGAAGUACGCUCAUGCAUCCCUGCCCCAAAGAUCAAGAUAACAGUAUUUCCUACGGAGAUAAAGCCAUACAUUUCUUAGAAUGCAUUAGGUACAUUCAUUACAUACACACAGAGUAGACAGAAAUCAGUACACCUUUGUGCACAUGACUUCAUACAACACAAAGAUGCACGCACUAAAAUGAGAUUCCCUUACAAAUAUAAUAGAACUGUUUUUGCAAAUAUUAACUCUGGCUUAUGCCGACUUUCACAAAUAAUAGCACUUGGAGAAAAAAAAAAAGAUAUGCCAGUUUAAGAUUAGCUUUGCAGCAUAGCAACACAUCUAUAGGGCAAUGGUCUUUGUAAGGAGGUAAAAACAUUUUAAACUGUACAGUUAAAGGCCUAUCUGAAGAUAACCCAAGGGCUAUACAAGCAUCAUCAUAAGCUAAAUAAUUAUAAUAAUCCUAAAAAGUCCAAGUUUGAAUCUCAGUCUGAAUCAUAACACCCAUACUUGACAUUGACAUACUGAGUUCUUUUUAAAGUUUGAAACAUGUUAGUAAAACAAUCAGAACUUAUAUGCAAAGCUUAAGCUGUUUUGAAAUGAAUUUGUCUCUUCGGCGUUCAGAAAGCUCACACGUCAAAACUCCCAUGUCACGGUCAUUGUUUUGGAGAUAUUUUGGUUUCAAAUUAAGACAAUAUUGAUGCAAGAUUUUACCUUUCUGCAAAAAUUACCAAAAAAAAAAAAAAAAGAAAAAAAAAAGGGUCAGAAUUGCUGCAGGAUGAACUAAUGCAUUUGCGGAAACAAUUUCAGUAAUAGUUGGCUGGUAAUGGAUUUGACUGAGGUGCAUCCAUAGUAAUAGCUGUCAUUUGUGUUAUCUCCAGAGCAGCUGUCCAAAUGUCUGUUUGUACUCAUAAUGAAGCAAAACCAGCCCUUUGUGAACACUUAUCUACUCUUCCCAGAAAUAAUAAAAAGCAUUUUAUAAAGCUGCAUUGUAAUGGUUUAGUUUUUGACAAGCCAGUCAUUUUACAUUAAGGUGCUUCAUUUCUACAAAGCCAGGCAAGACAUAACAUGUACAGUAACUUGUAGACAGUCCAUACGAUACACUAUAUGGACACCAAUUUAAACCCACAUACUCUGUAAAGAUGAUAUUAUCCGAAAUGGAGCGUGACACUGCAGUGCUUACAGCUAAAAGCAUCAAUACCAGGCAAACGUGUACAGAUAAUAACUUCUUAAAACACAUUCUACUCAACUAUUAUACAGAGGAUGUUUUGAGGUACGUGCUGGUGAAUGCUAGAUGAAGAACAGACUAUGGUGUUCAUACGAUCAUUUAUUCUAAUUCACUUGCUCUCUUUUGUUCUUGUUUUGGGCCAAGUUCUACUAAAUUGUGUAUGGCAAGCUCAGUCUUCUGGACCAUUAACGUAUCUCACACCCCACCGGUCUCUGAAUGGUUGUGGAACACUACUACGAUGCUACUGAAAAGGGACAGAGUUGCUGGGGAAGAAAACUAGUGUGUGGGGAGGUGUGAUUGCUAUCCAGUUACUAUGCCCUGUAAAUGUGUAUUUACAAGCGUGUAUGGAGUAAGUCUGGCUUCAGAUUGUGUGUAUGUGUCUUUAUUAUUAUUAAUUUUUUUUUCCUGGCAAGCAUGUGAAUAGUUUAUCUGCUCUUCUUAGUGUGGGUAUUAUGCAUAGACGCUAUAGGUUUAGCCAUACACCGUUCCCACAUGUAGAUUUGCACAGAGAAGAUACAAUGUGAAAUGAGGCGUUAGUGCAGCUAGCAGGAAUUGUCUGUUCCUUUAAGCAACUGUGAUAAUAGGGGGAGGGGAGGAAUCUCUGCAUGUUCAUCCAGCCUAAAGUUAGACCACAUGACAUUAGUAGCACAGCGGGGAGUUUGUAAACUAUACUCGUGGCCUGAGUUCUCAUGAUAUCAUAGCAACACUACAAAGACCUCUCCUCGUGGUCGUAGUUGAAAACUGGCAUGCAAAACGAUAGAAACGUCACACUCACAGUGUCAUUCUAAGUCUACUCAAAUAAUUUGGAGAGUGAUAGGGAUCAGGAAGAAAAAGGUAGCCUGUACUAGGAGAGCAGAGGACAAUUUAUUAACUGUCAUUCCAAAACAUUUUUUCCCCUCCCCCAUUUGGUUUGGGAAUAAGGCUUUGCUGGCAUCUGGGCUUUUUUCGGUAAUCUCUCUAGUUUUACAUGCUCAUUGCUUAAAUAAUGAGCCGCUUUUUUGGCAACAUUUUCAGUCUGAUUAUGCUUGGUAUGAACAUUAAUUUUUAGUUAUUCAUUAAUAUUAUUCCCCCGCUAAAAUAAUAUUCGGACAGUACCUGAUCAGAAAGGCCUCAUUUUACAAUACGUCUUUGUCGCACCUCCUGCUAAUCUCUCUUUCUUAAUUUUGCCCUUCUUAAGAACUAAAAAGAGAGAGAGAGAGAGAGAGAGAGAGAGAGAGAGAGAGAGAGAGAGAGAGAGAGAGAGAGAGAGAGAGAGAGAGAGAGAGAGAGAGAGAGAGAGAGAGAGAAAAGAAAACUGUCUAAUGGUUCAUAGGACGAGUGGGAAAGUAUUUUUGAGAGAAUUAUAUUUUGCUGGAAAACGAUAUUUAAGUACUUUGUCUAAAAAUGAUAUCCUUUUUGUAAAAUGAAAUAUUAUUGCAUGCUUUUUGAUGAGAUGUUUACAUUGUAUUUAAAAAAGGGAAACUUGUGCCUUUUUAUCUCACCUGAUUUACAAUUUUACAGUAUAUAUUGUAAAUAAUACAGCGAGUCUUUAUGUUGAGUACAGUAUAAAACAUUUAUACUUUAACCAUCUUGCUGAAAUAUUGAAAAGGAAAAAAAAGAAGAAAAAAAAAGAAAAAAAAAGUGUUUCCCAUUCGCUAUGUUCUGUGUGUUGGGUCACAGAGAAGAAUUUGCAGCACGGGUUGGCACCAGAGGGCCAAAACAGAGAAAUGAAUGUAUCGAACAUUGUGAGAAACGUAUGGAAAUUACUACCUGAAUGUUAGAGAGAGUACAUUUAUGAUCUUUUUAAGUAAAGAGUUUGUUUUUUUUUCCAAUUGUUUUUCUUUUUAAUUUACCUUUUUUUUUUUUUGCAUCAAUGUUCACAUGAUUCAAGAAAAAGAAAAUAAUCAAAAAAGGAUUUCUUAUUUUGUAACGAGAUGUAUUAAGUGAUGGAUCCUUGUUGCUGUUCACAUGAUUUCCUAACCCAUGGUGGUAUUGUCAAUAAGCACCGUAAUAAACAUCAAUAAGUCACAAACUAUUUAAACUUGGAUACAUGAAAGAAAGUUCUUGACUUUUUAGCUCAAAAAUACCAAUUAGUGCCCAUACACAAAUUAUCAUGAUGUUAUUUUGGCUCGGUGACUGUAGUGCACUUUAAUCUCGGUGUUUGAGCUCCGGAUUCUCUUUUACCAGUUAUUAACUGGACGUAUUGCACUAACUACCAAAACAACCUUAAACCACAUAAAUAAACUUUAUGACUCAGAGAAGACUAAUAUUGUCAAAAUGACCCCUCUUUUCUUUUUUUCCGGGCGGCUGGGUGGGGCUUUGGUCAAACGUGGCAUUUUUUUUUAACUCAUUCACUUCCUCUCUGAAAGUUGGGGGAGAAGACUGACACCACUAAAUAAAACCCUGCAACCAGAGAUGGCUCGCAGAAGCUUCAGACCAGGACUGGAAACCAAAGCUGGAGCAACUCCGAUAAAUGACCCCAGCAUCACUUGAGGCGGUGUUGCUCGGGACUGACAACUAUUGUUUUGAAAGUGAAAUAUAUUGGGCGGUAUGAUGGAGUUUAUUCUCAUUUCCCAGAUUUAUGAGACACAUAAUAAGAAAACACCAAAGGGUCCUGCGUUUCCUGGAUCCACAUAAGCUAUAACAGGAACCUGAAAAACAUGUUCUCCAGUUCUGCGUUGGCUUUAUAUAUCAUGGAGUAUUGUGGGAAUUAGUCAAAGGGAUUGGCGUUAACACUGACUAAAUUUAAAUUAUAAUUACUCGUUGUGUUUACAGAGCUUUUUUAAAUUUUAAUCUCAAUAACACCAGGCUCGGUAAAAACAAAAAAGAAACAGUUAGGAAGUAUUCUAAAAUCUCCUCUUCGUUAUAUAACACACAUUUUCUCCAGACAGAUUUGGCCUGCUGGAAGUACAGUGAAGCACUCUGUGUUUAUGUAGCCCAGCUGUUGUAAGUGAGACACAAUGAGGUUUUACAUUCUCCUGUCAAGUAACCCCUGACCUACUUGAAAAAUAAGUUACGUUAAAGAUAGCAUAUGUCUGUCCAAGCAUUCAAAUGGAUGCCUCUGCCUCAAUGGAUGCAGGUCACUCAUGUCUUAGGCACGAAUGCAACCCCAGAUGCUGCAUGUUUCACUGACAACAGCCUUGAUGAUCUCCAUCAUCUUUGUCACAGAGUUACAAUGGUUUUCUAAAAAUAGUCUUAACCCUAUGCGGUUGUUUCAGUCAAGGUGACAUGAGGGUUUGUCCUGGCGGCUGGAAGGUCACGCUCUUCUAAGGAGUUUCCAGCCUUUGUCUUUAAACACUAAUAGAAAUACACAUUUUAAGGUCGCCCAUUCUUCCAGUUCUUGCAUUGGUUUUCUUCGGGUACUCCAGUUUUCUCUCAGGGGUCAACAGAAAAAAAACCCAAAACAACAGAAAACAUGGUGUGGCAACCAGUGUUUUGCCUGAAGACAGCUGGGGUCGGCUGCAGCAGAACCCCAGGAUCCUGAACUCCUGAACAGCAUGAAGAAGGUAUAAAUCACGAAUAAAAAUAAAUAAAUAUAAUAACUGAAUUGAAAACUAUAUGUAUUUUCAAUUGAUCAAUAAUUCUCUGAUAGAGUUUGGCACAGAGUGAUGAGCUACAACUCAUCCUCGCUUGGACAGACCGAGGCCAUAUGUCCCCAGUUGUACAUGCAGUGACCUAGCAGAAUAAUUUCUCUUUUGCUUGGAUAAUCCUGUCAAGUUAGAAAAUAAUAUACAUAAAGCUGGGCCAAGGCUACUUUCCCGAGAUGCUUUGCAUGGAGGUUGAUCACACCUCUUUGCUUUCCAUGGUUAAUAAAAGGCAUCGAUGCGAAGCAACAGAUUUGUCAGGUAAAGCGGUCUCCCACAGCCAACCCUCACCUCGCAAUCCUUAAUCUGCUCACUGCACAAUCUCCCAGAACUGUGUUGUAUGUCCUAUUCAGUUUUAUGCCUCUCUUUUCCUCUAUAACAACUUUUUCACAUUUUAUAAAUGGAUUGAGAUCCGUCAGUGAAGACAAUGAAAACAUUCCCUUUCUAUUUGUGUCUGUUAAAAAAGGUUAAAACAAAUCAAUAAUGAACAAAAUUCUUUUUUUGUUGCGGUUUUAGAAAACUUCCCGACUUUUCUGUAAACAAAGUUUGUAGGAUAUUUUAUUAUUUUAACCUGGAAUGAACAUGGAGGGAAGAUUAAUAAGAGAGGACUACGCUGAACAGAGAAACUAGCUAGGCUCCGACGGUGUUGGACAGAGACGAGCUUACCAGACAUGGAACUCUCUCGCUUCAUAUCUGUACUUCUGCUGCAUUGUGAAUAAUCUUAAAUUUGACCAUUGUUACUGCAACAAAAUGAGAGAAAUUAAAGUCUAAAUUGGAGCAGCUCUGUUAACAGAAUGACCUGUGAGUGGUAUUGACAUUCUUAUCCAACACUUUGCCAACAAAAACAAAACAAAAGCAAAAAACGAGUAAGAGUUCUUCCCAAAGUGUCAAACCGAUUCUUUGGUGGAACAUGAUUAAUGUAUAGUUUAUUUAACACUCAUCAAUCCACCAACUGCCAACGCUCAUACUCAAAGGACUUGUGUUAUCUUCAAAGUUGUCUCUCUAAAUUUAGUUUCCAUUUCGGCUAAUUUGUUUCAGAACUUGUCUAACUGCUGUUUUCGACUGAGGCUUUGUCACUGUGUGUGUGGAAUCACGUCAUUGCCGUUUACUUUUCCGGGUCGCGAAAUCGGGUGCAGAGAUACUAAGCCAUAUCUCCACAGCCAUGGCAGUGCAUUAAUUAUUAAUACGGACUAAUGCUCCCCCCCUCUGGUUCCAAGUGACUUUUUACUCACAAAGUUUCUUAGCAAACAUACAGUAAAACCUCCUUCACCAUAAACCAAUAAAGCGUUUUUGAAACCUGUCACUACUGUAUAUCUUGAUGCAAAUAUUGCUAUACUUGUGUUGGCACAACUAUUGCAAGAUUCUAAUAAAACCAUUAAACAUCA